GCCGAGUCACUGCGCGUGGGUAUAUAAGCUCUUGGGCUCCGGACAGAGAGCAUCAUUCCCAUCGCACGCGUCUUCCAAUCUCCUCUCGCGAAACAAACCGUGUUCUUCCUAGUUGCUUUACCACGACCACACCGGUGAAGUUGGCUUCGCUGCGUUAGGGAAUCUCCUUCGUGAUCACACGUUUCCCCGCACCCACCGCGCUUGGAGUUUGCGCCCACUUGGGACUUGGACCGGGAGCCAUGAUCUUCUUUAAGGGGCUGUGCCUAAGCCUCAUGGUCGCCACGGCCCUGGGUGCGGGCGCCUAUGGCCGUGGAGGAGGCUAUGGUGGAGGCGCUGGUGGUCACCAUGGUGGCGGUGGAGGCGCUGGUGGUCACCAUGGUGGUGGUGGCGCUGGAGGAUUCGGUGGGCAUCAUGGCGGUAGUGGCGGAGCCGGCGGAGCCGGCGGAGCCGGCGGGGCCGGUGGCUUUGGAGGUCACCAUGGCGGUGGCGGAGGUGGUGGAGCAGGCGGUUUCGGAGGCCACCAUGGUGGUGGCGCAGGAGGCGGAGGCCUUGGCGGUGGUCUCGGCGGUGGUCUCGGUGGCGGCGGAUUCGGUGGACACCAUGGUGGUGCCGGAGGUGCCGGCGGCGCAGGUGGCUACGGUGGUUCCCGCGGCGGCGGCGGCGGCGGCGGUGGAUAUGGUGGAGGAGCCGGUGGGGGUUACGGAGGUGGAUCUGGCGGCUACGGAGGUGGUGGUGACUACGGACAGCCAACUCCAUACAACUUCGGCUACGACGUCAAGGACGAGUACGGCAACAGCCAGAACCGCCAGGAGAGUGGAGACGGCAGCGGCACCGUCAAGGGUAGCUACGGCUACACCGACACCAACGGCAUCUACCGCCAAGUUAGUUACGUCGCCGACCAGAACGGAUUCCGCGCCGUCGUCAAGACUAAUGAGCCGGGAGUGGGACCAGCCAGUCCUGCUGACGCCGAGUUCAUCGUCGAGGCACCACCCGCCGGCGUCGUCAGCCAGUACGCCGGAGCCCGCGGCGGCGGAGGAGGAGGAUACGGUAGUGCAGGUGGAGCAGGUGGAUACGGCGGAGCAGGCGGAUACGGUGGAGCAGGCGGAGCAGGCGGAUAUGGUGGAGGACACCAUGGUGGCGCCGGCGGAUUCGGAGGAGGCCACCACGGGGGUGCCGGUGGCGGCGCCGGGGGCCACCACGGAGGAACUGGUGGAGGCGCUGGCGGGUUCGGAGGCGGUGCCGGUAAAUACGGCGGUGGCGCCGGAGGCUACGGUGGCGGUACUGGUGGAUACGGAGGAGGCGGUGCUGGUAAAUACGGUGGCAGCACUGGUGGAUACGGCGGUGGAGCAGGUGGCGCCGGAGGCGGCAGCGGCCCCUGGAAGUACUAGUGGAUCUUCGUACAUUCCCGACACGCCGCAUAGGGAGCUUUUUGACACCCUAAAGGGUGCGACCAGUGGCCCUCAACCGGAACUAGAG